AUGUCCGUGGCUGUCGAGCUCCGUCUGGCCAACGGCUCAACGCGCUGCGAAGGCAGGGUGGAGAUCACCUACAAUGGCACCUGGGCAGCCCUGUGUGACGAUGGCUGGGGUCUGGCCGAGGCUCGAGUGGUGUGCAGGCAGCUGGGCUGCGGGAGAGCGCUGUCGGUACAUGUUGGGUCACAUUUUGGGCCAGGACCCGGGCAAACAUGGCCCGAGAGCAUGAGCUGCAUGGGCACGGAGACUGCCCUCUCUGCGUGCAAGGCAAAGCCCUGGGUCAACGGCACUUGUCACCAUGGGAGAGAAGCCAACGUGGUAUGCGCAGGUAACUUGGAGGGUGACCAGGUCCAGCUGGUGAACUAUGGCAGCCGCUGCGCUGGCCGGGUCGAGGUCUUCCAUAACAAGCAGUGGGGGACCGUGUGCGAUGACAACUGGGACCUGCUGGAUGCUGAGGUUGUCUGCCGGCAGUUGGACUGUGGGCGAGCGCUGUCGGCCCCUGGCGGGGGUCAGUUUGGGCGCGGGGUCGGCAUCAUCUGGAUGGACGAGACGAACUGCACAGGGAUGGAGAGCACUCUGUCCGCCUGCCGGGCCCGGCCGUGGGGCAUCAAUAAUUGCUACCACGGUGAAGAUGCUGGCGUGGUUUGUUCAGGUAUUUAAAAGACGGUGCAUCUCCGGCUGGCGAAUGGUUCACACCGCUGCGCUGGCAGGGUCGAGGUGUUUCACCAGGAGGAGUGGGGAGCCGUCUGCGACCGUGGCUGGGAUAAGCAGGAUGCCGAGGUGGUGUGCCAGCAGCUGGGCUGCGGGACAGUGCUGCCAGCAUUGGAGGGGGUGGACUUCGGGGCAGGACCCUCGCGCGUCUGGCUGGACAAUGUGAACUGCCAGGGGACAGAGACGACCCUCACGAAAUGCCAAGCCAGCCCAUGGGGAGAGAGCAGCUGCAGCCAUGGAAAGCAUGCCAGCGUGGUGUGCUCAGGCUCGGCUGUUUCCAGCUUUGCCCCAGUCCGGCUGGUGGAUGGCCCAGGUCACUGUGCCGGAAGGGUUGAGGUGUUUCACAGUGAGAAAUGGGGGACGGUGUGCGAUGACAGCUGGGACUUCACGGAUGCCAAAGUGGUGUGCCGGCAACUGGACUGCGGGGUGGUGAUAUCGGCUCCACGGCGGGCUCACUUCGGGCAGGGACAGGGACCCAUCUGGCUAGACGAUGUGCGCUGCAUAGGGACAGAGGCUGCCCUCUCCGAAUGCAGAACCAAGGGCUGGGGCGUCCAUGGAUGUGAGCACGGAGAAGAUGCUGGUGUGGUGUGCUCAGGGAUUUCUGACCUUGGAAUCCUCCGCCUGGUGAACGGCUCAGACUCGUGCUCUGGGAGAGUUGAAGUGUUUCACGAUGAGCGCUGGGGUGGCAUCUGCACUGACGGCUGGGACCUGGCCGAAGCCCAGGUGGUGUGUCGGCAGCUGGGCUGCGGUGCGGCGCACUCGGCUGCGGGGUCUACCCAGUUUGGGACAGGAAAUGGCCUGAUCUGGGUGGAUGCCGUGGAGUGCACCGGGACGGAAGGGGCCCUCUUCGAAUGCAAGGUCAAGUUCUGGGGCACCAACAGCUGCAAGUCGAAGGGGCACGCCAGCGUCUCAUGCUCUGUGGCUGCAGAUGUGGGCCCAGGAAGCUUGGAAGCCCUACGGCUGGUGAACAGCCCGCACCGCUGCGCUGGGAGGGUGGAGGUCUUUCACAACCAGCAGUGGGGGACCAUCUGCGAUGAUGGCUGGGACCUGAAGGAUGCAGCUGUGGUGUGCCGGCAGCUGGGCUGCGGGACGGCCAUGUCGGCCCCAGGUUCAUCUGUUUUUGGGCAAGGAUCUGGCCUCAUCUGGCUAGAUGGGGUGAAUUGCCUCGGGACAGAAGCCACCCUCGCUGAAUGCCCGGUCAAGCCUUGGGGACACCAUGCAUGUAACCACAUGGAAGACGCCAGCGUUGUGUGCUCAGACAUGCCUCACAUCCCCAGGCUUCGCCUGGUGGGUGGUUUGAGCGAGUGCGCUGGCAGGGUUGAGGUGUUUUACAACAAUGAGUGGGGGACGGUCUGCGACGACGGCUGGGAUCCGAAUGACGCGGCAGUGGUCUGCCGUCAGCUGGGCUGUGGGGUGGCCCUCUCGGCCCCCGGCUCAGCUCGGUUUGGAUGGGGAGCUGGCCCCAUCUGGCUGGAUGAUGUGAGCUGCACAGGGGAGGAAACCGACUUCUUCGAGUGCCGAGCCAAGAUGUGGGGCGUCCACAACUGCCACCAUGGGGAGGAUGCCGGUGUGGUGUGCGCAGGCAACUCCAGCUCAGCCGACCUGCGGCUGGUGAAUGGGCCACACCGCUGUGCCGGGCGGGUGGAGGUGCUCCACACCGGGCAGUGGGGGACCGUCUGCGACGAUGGCUGGGACCUAAACGAUGCAGCGGUGGUGUGCAGGCAGCUGGGCUGUGGCAAGGCCAUGGCAGCCUCUGGGCGGGCUGUCUUUGGGCAGGGGACAGGGCACAUCUGGCUGGAUGACGUGGCCUGCAGCGGGAGUGAGGACGCCCUCGCCCAGUGCCGGGCUCGUCCCUGGGGACAGAGUAACUGCAACCAUGGAGAAGAUGCCAGCGUAGUGUGUUCAGACACCGGUACAACCAACACAUCGACUGUCCGGCUUGUGGAUGGCCCACAUCGCUGCGCUGGGAGAGUGGAGGUCUUUCACAACCAGCAAUGGGGGACGGUCUGUGACGAUGGCUGGGACCUGAGGGACGCGACGGUCGUCUGCCGGCAGCUGGGCUGUGGCGAGGCCAUUGCAUCCCCGGCAGGGGCUUCCUUUGGGAGGGGGCCGGAUCCCAUCUGGCUGGACAGGGUCGCCUGCAUCGGGGGGGAGAGCACCCUUGUGGAGUGUCGGGCCAGGCCCUGGGGAAUCAAUGGCUGCAGCCACGAAGAGGAUGCUGGCGUGGUCUGCUCAGGUGUGGCCAGGGCAGAGGUCCGCCUGGCAGAAGGACCGAACCGCUGUGCCGGGAGGGUGGAGGUGUUCCACGACGGGCAGUGGGGGACGGUCUGUGACGACGGCUGGGCCCUGACCGAGGCGGCGGUGGUGUGCAGGCAGCUGGGAUGUGGCAGGGCCACAGCAGCCUACAGCCGGGCCCGCUUUGGGCAGGGGACGGGAAACAUCUGGCUGGAUGACAUGAGCUGCACCGGGACCGAGGACAACCUCGCCCAGUGCCAAGCUCGUCCCUGGGGACAGAGUAACUGCAACCAUGGAGAAGACGCUGGCGUGGUGUGUUCAGGUGCCAACAUCACAGACGAGGUGCAGGUCCGCUUGGCUGAUGGCCCAAACCGCUGUGCCGGGAGACUGGAGGUGUUUCACCAAGGCCGGUGGGGGACCAUCUGCGAUGACAGCUGGGAUUUGAAGGAUGCCAAGGUGGUCUGCCGGCAGCUGGGCUGCGGGACAGCCGUAUCGGCCCCGGGCCAAGCUCACUUUGGGCAAGGGUUGGACCCCAUUUGGCUUGAUGACGUGGACUGCACCGGCAUGGAAACCACCUUCAGCCAAUGCAGCCUCAGCAGCUGGGGAGUCCAUAACUGCAACCACGAGGAAGACGCAGGAAUUGUAUGCUCAGGCACGAACCCCUUGCAGGUGCGAGUGCAGGACGGCCCCGGUCCCUGCGCGGGGCGGGUGGAGGUGCUCUUCAACGCUACCUGGCACAGGGUAUGCAGCAUUGGCUGGAGCUCGCUCGAAGCCGGGGUGGUCUGCAGGCAGCUGGGCUGUGGACCAGCCCAGUCGGCGCCCGUGGGAGCCCAGCUCAGCCGUGGGGAUGGCCAUGUCUUGCUGGAGGGGCUGAGCUGCCGGGGGACCGAGUCGCUGCUCCUGGAGUGCCAGCAGAGAGGGACUGGGCUGGGACCGUGCAGGCAGGGCUCGGCAGCCCAUGUGGUGUGCACAAAGCCAAAGGCCCGUCAGCACCACAGGGUGCAGAGCCCAUCAGCGACAUCCUUCCAGCCCAUGGGGGCCAUCUACCUCCCCACCAAGGCAGAAGCCACCGAGGAUGCCGAUACCGAGACAAUGCAGCUCAUGAAGGAAGACACUGCCUCAUGA